UAAAAAACCAUACAUAUUGAAAUUAUAGAAAAGAAGAGCAGAGGAAAGCCUUUUAAUUUAAUGUAAAACACCCUUAAUUAUAAAACAUACAAUUUAAUACGCUAUUUAAUAAAUAAGUCUAAUACUUUUGUUAUGUCAUCCACGGAGUGGCCACGUGAAUUACUGUGAUAUACAUUUAAAUCGUUGAUAUCCACUUCUGAGGCAGCUGGGAUCUGGCAUUUUUCACACUUGACAUGUGCCUGUUUUUGAAUUCACAAUGUUGAUCAUUUAAAGAAAAAGAAAAAAAAAAUCAUUUAAAGACACAUAUUUUUAUGAAUAUUAUUAUGAAUUAUUAUUAUUGUUGUUAUUAUUAAUUAUUAUUAUAAUUAUUAUAUGUAAUCAAUACUUUUUUACAGUAAGUAACGCUAUGUCUCAUGUAAAAUUUUGCAAUGAAAUUUAAUGUAUUAACUUGUAUGUAUUUUCCCCUAUUUAAGUAUUGUUUUCUUAUUCCUCGACUGUUUGUUCGAUAAUGUAUUUUCUGUAAAGCUGCUUUGCAUGUGAAAAGCGCUUUAGAGAUGAAUUUGAGUUAAAUAAAGGUAUUUAAAUUCAGUGCGGAAGUUUAAAACACCGCCCUCCCCCGAGUCCCCCUUCUCGUCUUUGUUGCCGCUGUCAAAGACAAAAACUUCGUCUGUGUAGAUGAGUGAAAUGAAUUCGAGUGUGAGGGUGGAGGAUUAUGGCGGGUUUCAAACCCAAUUCACAUCCAUAAUGGAAACAAUUUUACAGACCGCUGUCAGGGAAGCAACGAAGCUUUUUCAGCUUUCUUUACAGCACUUGAAAGCGGAGUUGGUGCAGCUGAGACAGGAGAAGGAGAAUGGCAAACUCACGGCAGAUGAAUUAUCCAUGAGAGUCAAAAGCAGAAGUACAGCUGUUGGGAAUAAGACAAUUUAUAACAUCUCCAAAUAUCGAGAGAUUGGCGUGCAGUGUGAGAAGCCAGUUUUGGUUGAUCAGGGCUGCAGUCCUCAUGAGUGUUUAGGACAUGUAGGAGACAUUACCAGUGAUAAACUGGCCAGUCUGUGUGCCAGUGAGGAUGGCAGAAGACAGCUUGCUUUGCUUCUCAUUAAACAAGAGCCACAAGAACCUGAAUGUGAUAAGUAUGCACCAGGAUACUUUCUACUUAAGCAAGAGGGUGCUGAGCCAAUACUGGUGCGCAGAGAGCCAAAUAAGCAAACCGUGGAAAGAGUUGUGAUCCCACCAGGAUUUCAAACAAUAACCCAACAACAUGGCAACUCUAGGGGGAAAUCACCCCCAACAGUGACGUCCUCAUGUAAUCCCAGAGGGAAUUUCUAUGCUCAAAAUUCCAAGCAGCCUGUACACCCAACCAGGCAUAUAGGUGAAAGAACAUUAGAAAACAAUAAAGUCUCAUAUUCCCAAAACCAGACAAAAAGUGCCAUUGCACCAGCCCAAACAUCAAUUACUCCAAUACAGCAUACUCCUGUUUCAACAGUUAACUUAUCCGCGCCAGUGACUAAGCUGUCUGGUGCUCCGGACUGCACAUCUAAACCUCAAGUCAAGCCAACAACAGUUUACCGUCAACACGAACAAAAAUCUGAAAUGUUAAACCAAGGGGCGGCCUAUCAGAAAGAUCCUGUUUCAAAUGUCUGUCGGUCACUUCACAACACCUCCCAUCGCACCCAACCAGCACAACUCCCUGUACGCCAAAGCAAAGUCUUUGUAUCGGAGGCCCGUUCCAUCAAACAGCUAAAUGGUAAACAUACAGAGAAAACUUUCUCUAGGGCCUCACUUAACAAGUCAGAGUUUUCACCGCUCACACAGCAGUCAGUCUUUUCACCAGUAGUACAUGCGCCCAUGCCAUCAAGCCAGCCUCCAGUCUCUGCGACACCAGAUGAACCUCUUCAAGUCCAGGAUCAGAUUCGUGUUUCACCCCAAGGCCAAAUGUUUGCUUCAUCUCCACAGAUGAGUCCACCGUUCCAAUUUCCAUUAGUGCAACAACCCAAUCUGGCUCAAGGAGCUCCGCCGCCUUUCAUGUUUACAUCUCCCCACGUUCAGGGAUCUGUCCCAACACUUUCAUCAACAGAUACUUUAAACCCAAUGCAAUCUCAGUAUUCAGCUCAACCUGAUCAGUUCUCUUCCUCCUUAGAUCAGUUUUUUCCUUCACCUGAUAAUACUCCGGGUUUGCUUGACUCUUUGGAUACUCUGCAACUACAUUCACCCAUUUUGUUAGAGACAGAGCAGCCAUCUAUGCACCAUUCACAUGCACCUGGGAAAUUUGCACCUUUGCUAACGCUGAAGGAGCAGCAAGCCGCCGCUUCCACCAAUGCAAAUGUCGUUUUACGGAGAGAUCACGCUGUACCUUCAGAGACCUGUUUGGAAACAGCAGAUGUACAGUUUUCCCCUUGCCGUAGUGCUUCAUUUAGUACUGUAGAGAACAAAACCGAGAAAAGUGAUAUAGACCACUUAGACGAUGACAAAAACUAUAAGUCCACACUUCAGUUUCAACUACGGACACAAACAUCUUCACAAUCCCAACCAAUGAAUAGGUCAGAUGAGGUUAGUAACAAGGACAUGAGGAUGGACGGGGUUCAGAAUGACUUUGUUAGUAAAGCAACACUUUCGAUCUCAAGUAAAUCAUUACCAAAUUCAAGCAAAACAUUCCAUAGGACUACUACAUGCUCCGAGUGUGGAAGAGUCCUCAGCAAUGCAUCCGCCUUGGAGAACCACAUGAGACUACAUACAGGUGAAAGGCCAUUUACCUGCUCCCAGUGCGGAAAGGCCUUUCCCAGUGUUCGAGGACUUAACCGGCACGUAAAGGUCCAUGCGGAGGAGAAACGUUAUCAGUGUGAGCAGUGCGGAAAGAGUUUUGUUUAUCACUUCACCCUUACCAAACAUCAGCUCAUCCAUUCCGGAGAAAGGCCCUUUCCUUGUAAAGUUUGUGGCAAGAGGUUCUUGGCUAAAGCGGACCGCUCGACUCACAUGCGUAUGCACACGGGCGAGAAGCCGUUCGCGUGCACUCAAUGCGGGAAGAAGUUUAAACAUAGAGUUGCUCUGAAUAUGCAUUUGCAAGGCCAUAGAGGAGAGAAACGCUAUGUUUGCCCCCAUUGUGAAAAAGGAUUCGUGGAUCUAGGUAAUUUUAAACGACACAAGCUUAUCCACACGGGGGAGAGACCCUUCGAGUGCAAGGAAUGUGGAAAACGGUUUACUCAGUCGGCCCAUCUGAAGAAACAUGUUAACUCGCAACAUGUGUUACAUGAAGCAAAGUAAAAUCUAUAAAUGCAUUGUUUAUUAAACCAUUUUUAUUAACCAAAUAUUAUUUUACAGAAAACUUCAAGGUUUGUGGCAGUUAAAGGGACAGUUCACCCAAAAAUGAAAAUGAUGUCAUCAUGCUUGUAUGAGUUUCUUUAUUCUGUUGAACACAAAAGAAGUUAUUAUGAAAAAUUAUGGUAAGCACACAGUUGUAGGUACCCACUGACUUCCAUGGUAUUUUUCUUUCCUACUAUGGAUGUCAGUGGGUAC